CGCAAAAGAAAGAAAAUCAGAGAAAAAGAGUGUAACAAAAGUUCAAUUUCUUAAUUUCUUUCAUAUUUGUCAACUGCAUUAAAUAUUAUUAAUUUAUUUACGGUGGCCACACCCACCUAGACUUCAAUCGUUGUGGGAUUGCGGUUUUGCAUUUUAACGGACAUUUUGAAUCACAGAAAAAACAAACGAAGGAAAAAAAUACUCUCAACUCCCUCCGCUAAAUUGCGCUCCCCGCUGCUUAUUGUUGUUGUCGCCCUACAUUCCAUCCUGGUAAUAAAAAAAAAAACGGUCCCAAUAUGACUGCUGCUCCAUAUAAUUACAACUAUAUCUUCAAAUAUAUCAUCAUCGGAGAUAUGGGCGUAGGUAAAUCCUGCCUUUUACAUCAGUUCACCGAAAAGAAAUUCAUGGCCAAUUGUCCUCAUACGAUUGGUGUGGAAUUUGGUACACGCAUCAUUGAGGUUGACGAUAAGAAGAUAAAACUACAAAUUUGGGAUACAGCGGGUCAAGAGAGAUUCCGUGCUGUAACCAGAUCAUAUUACAGAGGAGCAGCCGGUGCCCUGAUGGUCUAUGACAUAACCAGGCGAUCUACAUAUAAUCAUUUGAGCAGCUGGCUCACUGAUACACGCAAUCUCACAAAUCCAAGCACUGUGAUCUUUCUCAUUGGUAACAAAUCUGACUUGGAAAGCACACGUGAGGUAACCUAUGAAGAGGCUAAAGAGUUUGCCGAUGAGAAUGGUCUCAUGUUUCUCGAAGCAAGUGCUAUGACUGGCCAAAAUGUGGAGGAAGCUUUCCUGGAAACUGCACGUAAAAUCUAUCAGAAUAUUCAAGAGGGCCGCCUAGAUCUGAAUGCCUCCGAAUCGGGUGUACAACAUCGACCAUCGCAACCAUCGCGAACUUCCCUCACCAAUGAGGCUAGCCCGAAUAGGGAUCAGUGCUCUUGUUAAAUGCAUUAUAUAAUACAAAAACCUUAGCAUUAUGUUUUUUUAUUAAAAUUUAUUAUUAUUAUUAUUUAA